UAAAAAUUGCAAGUAUGAUCUCAUCAAGGAAGAAAUUGGUUGAAAAAUCUUUUGUUCAAUUUUCCAGACAUUACAGUGAAAAACUAAACAUUAAACAACCAACUCGGCUAGGCUUUUACUUGUGGCUUUAUCUAUUCGAUUUAUUGAUUGUUGGAGGUGGUAUAAUGGGUUCAUCAACAGCUCAUUGGAUUAAACAGAGAACAGGAGCAGAGUUCUCAGUAGGCGUUGUUGAACCUGAUCCUAGUUAUUCUACAGCAGCAACAACCUUAUCUGUAGGGGGACUAAGGCAGCAGUUCUCCCUGCACGAGAAUGUGAAGAUAGGAAUAUUUGCCAGAGAUUUUAUGAACGAGUAUCCUUAUUCACUUCUAAAUGGCAAAAGCAAAGACGAUCUUCAUCCAAACCUUCCAGAUGUCAGAUUUCAACGUCACGGUUACCUGUUUCUGGCUAGUGAAGCCGGUCAACAUAUUCUAGAGGACAAUCAUAGAGUUCAGAUUGAAUCCGGAGCAAGAACUAAGAUACUCAAUACUAGGAAGUUAAAGGAAACAUUUCCUUGGUUAGAAACAGAUGGGUUAGUAUCGGGGUGCUAUGGGGGUGAGGAUGAAGGAUGGUUUGAUCCUUGGGCUCUUCUCCAGGCUUUCAAACUCCAGGCAAUCCAUAAUGGGGCUGAGUAUAUUACUGGUAGAGUAUCUAGUUUUCAGUACAGGAAUGAAAGGCCAGGUUCUGCUACAAUUUCCCUUCAGGAUGGAAGUACAAGAAGUUUAGAGUUUAAUCAGCUUCUGAUUACCGCUGGGGGAGAUUCAGGGGAGUUAGGAUUGAUGGCAGGGAUAGGUUCAGGUUCAGGAGAUCUCCAGGUCCCUAUACCAGUAGAGAAAAGGAAAAGAUACGUCUAUGUUCCUCAUUGUCCGCAGGGCCCAGGGCUGGACUGUCCUCUUGUUAUAGAUCCCACAGGAGUGUAUUUCCGACGGGAAGGAUUGGGAGGUAAUUAUCUUUGUGGACAAUCCCCUACAGAGCAGGAGGAACCUAGGGAUACAAACCUGGAACAGGUUGACAUGGAUUGGUUUGAUGAGGCUGUGUGGCCUGUUUUAGCAAACAGAGUUAAAGCUUUCGAAACAUUAAAGGUUAAAACUGCGUGGGCCGGGAAUUAUGAUUACAAUCACUGGGAUCAAAACGGUAUUAUAGGUCGGCAUCCAGUUCUAGAGAACGUGUUUAUGGCCUGUGGAUUCUCCGGGCAUGGUAUUCAACAGGGUCCUGCUGUAGGUCGAGCUAUGUCAGAGUGUAUACUGGACGGAGGGUUUAAGACCUUGGAUCUCUCAAGGUUCGGGUUCGAAAGACUCCAACGUCAAGAGAAGGUUCUGGAGAGAAAUAUUGUUUAGAUCAUAUUUUUGGAAAAAAUAAAAAUGAAAAUAUUUUA